AUGGCAGCCGAGAACGCGAGAUAUACUUCGUGUCCUGUUGACCUUCUUAUCGCCACGCGCCCAAACAGCGCUGAAGCAAUCCCUGACUUGCUGAAGGAGAUUACCAAAGGUGUUGACAACCUAACUACUAGGUCUGAAGAGGACCGCAAGGAUUUGGUAGUGAAGUGUCGAGCUUUAGCUAGAGCUAUAGAGACUCCUCGGGAGACGAUGGUUGACCACUGUUGGGGACAGGUGGGUGCAAUCGGUGCUAUAGGGUUUGGCGUGGAUUCCGGAUUAUGGGUGUUGAUGGCUCAGAAUGGCGAUGGACCCCAGAAGGUUAUCGAUUUGGCCAUGAGCCUUGGAAUCGAUCCCAGACUUCUCAGUCGUCUGAUGCGACAUGUCAGUGCUAUGGGACUCCUCAUCGAGGUCGGUGAAGAUGAGUACCAGCCCACAAACUAUACUAAGGCGCUGAGCCUCCCUCAGAUUGGACACGGGUAUCUUGGCAUUACCGCAUGCACCGGUGCAGCCAACUUGAAAUUCCACGAGUUUUCCCGUAAGCGGGGCUGGGUGAAUCCGAAAGAUCCUUGGGACACGUCUCUGAUGUAUGCCUAUGGUACCGACAAGCACAUAUUUUCUUGGGUGCAUGAUUCAGGCUAUGGGACACACCUGAAUGAUUACCUUGGUGGUUACAACCUGGGUCGCCCACUCUGGAUGGACCCUGGUGUCUAUCCUGUGAAUGAGAGGCUCAUAGAUGGGGCCGAUUCUAGUCCAGAUGCACCAUUCCUCGUAGACAUAGGCGGCAACGUGGGCCAUGACCUAGUGAGGUUUCAGAGUCGCUAUCCGAAUGCCCCUGGAAAGUUAAUUCUCCAGGAUUUGCCUAUGAUGAUUCACCAAAUCAAGGAUCUAGAUCCGGCUAUCGUGCGAAUGGAGUAUGACUUUAAUAAUGAGCAGCCUGUCAAAGGUGCCCGUGCUUAUUAUAUACACUCAACUCUGCAUAACUGGUCGGACGAUGUAUGUGAAAUCAUACUUGUACGAGUGAAAGAGGCCAUGAAGCCCGGAUACAGCAGACUUUUGAUCAACGAGAACGUUGUGCCGAACACCGGUGCCCAUUGGGAGACUACAGGACUCGAUAUGUUGAUGCUAGCCCUAUUCUCUUCUGAACAACGGACUAGCACAGCGUGGUACGACUUGGUUGAGAGGCGGGCGGGCUUGAAGAUUGUUAAAGUAUGGAGCGCUGGAAAGGGGGUAGAAAGUGUGAUCGAGUGUGAGCUAGUCUGA